AUGCAUAUCGCAGGUACUUGUAGCUUACAACCACUAUUCACCACGUCAUGGUUACUGGUGGUGAUAUCCUUAAUAACGGGAUUCACACCAGGAGGAGGAGCAGUAGUUGUAGUGGCCCAAACUCCUCCUCGUCCUCAGCCUGUCAAAUUGCGAGGAUUGAAUUACAACACACGAAAAGGUCCCGAUUGGGCUCCCGAUGACGCAAGGUGCAAAUCACGAGCCGAGAUUGUCACGGACCUGCAGCUCUUGCAAAAGAUGACGAACCGGAUACGACUCUUGAGCAUCACGGAUUGCAAUCAAUCGGAAAUGGUUUUGGAUGUUGCCAAAGAAAUUGGGAUGCAAGUCUAUUUGGGACUCUGGGUGGAUGAAGAAAAGAAGAUUUGGUUGGAUGAAAUUUCUGCUUUUGAAGAUCUUUUGAUAAGGGGUGUAGUGGACCCAUCGGUUGUCAUCGGUGUCACUGUUGGCUCUGAGGUCCUGUUGCGAAAGGAUGCGACUUUGGCUGAAUUGAUGGACUAUCAAUCACAGGUUAGCCUCGCUUUGGCAACCUUUGGAGCUGGCAACCUAGCCGUGUCAAUUGUGGAGAUUUCUUAUUACUAUGGACUUUACUCGGACCUACGGGAUAGUUCGGACACUCUGUAUAUGAAUAUCUUUCCAUACUUCAUCUGGCAGGAUACGUACAAUAUCAAUGGUUCUGUCGAUCAGCUGAUUGGCGAUGCCACGCGAGUAAUACAAAAAGCUUCUGGGACAGAAUCAAAGCCAUUCAUAUUGGGAGAGACUGGGUGGCCAUCGGCUGGUGGUCGGCCUGGUUUGGCGUCCCCGGAACAUCAAGUUGAGUACUUUGUCGAUUUCUAUUGCAAAGUGCAUUUGGGAAAGCCAGACUGGGAUUACUACUAUUUCACUGGUAUUGACAACAAAUGGCGAGCGGCUCAAGGCUCUCUAAACAUGGAAGGUACUUUUGGGUUCUUCACUGCCGACAAUUUGGCCCUCAAGCCACAUUUUCAGAACUUGGAAUUCGAAUGUGAUGGUACAAAGUACAGCUUUGCGGCCACGGACUGGACGCCGUCAUUCCCUCAAGAGUCGUGCAAGAGUCAUUCCAUGUGUGCAGGAAUUGGUGGAGACUGUUGUCCCACAAGCGAUGGAAUAUUCUUGGGUUGUUGCGAAAAUGCUCCGACCGAUGCUCCAACUACAUCACCUCCGACGGGUUCUCCAACCGAUCGGCCUACUAAAGCACCAACUGCUAAGCCCACUAGGCUGCCGACUGUAUCGACAGAUAAUCCCACAAUAUUGCCGACGCCCAUUCCACCCACCCAGUCUUGUCUGGCUCACGAGGCAUGCGUUUCAGAGGGCCUACAGGGAAAUUGCUGUCCAACAAAUACCAUCAAUGGUAUCUGGCUAGGCUGCUGUGAUGAUCCCCCGACUGGUCUCCCAACGACACCUCCGCCAACACCACCUCCACCAACGAAAUCGCCAUCUCGAGCACCGACACCGUCUCCAACUGCGGCACCUACCACUCGUAUUCCCACCACCAACCCUCCCACAACGGCAGAACCCACUGUUUCGACAUUGAGACCAACCGCAUCGCCAACGAAAGCAACUAGUGCACCAACUGAAUCUCCAACGAAAGCAACUAGUGCACCAACUGUGGCACCUAUCACUCGUAUUCCCACUACAAACCCUCCAACAACGGCAGAACCCACUGUUGCAACAUUGAGACCAACCUUCCCACCAACGAAAGCACCAACGACUGAAUCAUUAUCGUUGCCGCCACAAAUGUGCCUGGCUCAUCAAACUUGCCGCCAAGAAGGAAGGUUCGGUCUCUGUUGUCCAACUCCAGAGGGAAUUAUGCUGGGCUGUUGUGAUGGGCAGAAUAAGGUUCCUAGCAUGAGUCCUACCACGACACGAACACAGAAGCCUACAACCUCCAAGCCUACCCUUUCUCCAGUCGGCGAAACCACCGAUCUCUUUUUCGAAUCGCCCACAAUCGCACCAACCAAAGAGCCGAUUGGCGAGCAGCAGGGUAACAUAUUUUCACCUCCUCCAACGAAAGCCCCGACAGUAGAGCAGUUGGAUCCGACCAAUCCUACAUCUCGACCUGUGGCCUCAGCCAAUGGAGUAGUAUCCAACGCUGUAAGAACACUGAGCAUGUCUCCGAUCGCAGGCAUGAGUCUGAUUUUGGCGACUACGGUGUCAGUCUUUUUCUCAUUUGGUUAG